AUGGCGGAGGAUUCUUCCGAACAAGUAAUGUAUUUGCAUGGAGAUUUAGAUUUAAAGAUAAUUCAGGCGCGUAGCCUGCCGAACAUGGACUUAUUCUCGGAGCGUCUCCGCCUCUGUUUCACCGCCUGCGACGCCUGCGGUACCACUGACACCAAAGACGUUGGCGGAAGUAGCCAUCCCGACAGGAAACUUCACCACCACCGGAAAAUUAUCACUAGCGAUCCGUAUGUCACUGUUUCGGUGCCGCAGGCUACACUCGCCCGCACGCGCGUGCUGUCCAAUUCUCAGAAUCCUAGAUGGAAUGAGAGGUUUUCCAUCCCCUUAGCCCAUCCCGUGGCCUUUUUAGAGUUCCGUGUUAAGGAUAAUGAUAUGAUUGGAGCGGAUACAAUAGGAAAAGUAACAAUUCCGGCGAAAGACAUUGCCCCCGGCGAGAUCGUUUCUGGGUGGUUUCCCCUCAUUACGUCGUCGGGGAAGCCCCCGAAACCUGAUUCGGCAUUACUACUUGAGAUGAAGUUCACUCCCUGUGAUAAAAAUCCAUUGUACAAUCAUGGCAUUGAGGGCGGUCCGGAGUGCAGAGGGGUCAGAAACACUUAUUUUCCACUGCGCAAAGGGUGCUCUGUAACGCUGUACCAGGAUGCGCACAUUAGUCAUGAUGUUAAAAUGCCUGAGAUUAAGUUGGAUGAUGGAUGUGUUCGUGAGCACGCAAAAUGUUGGGAGGACAUAUGCUAUGCUAUCUCGGAGGCACACCACUUGAUAUACAUAGUGGGAUGGUCUGUUUUUCAUAAGAUCAAGUUGGUUAGGGAGCCGACCAGACCGUUGCCUCGAGGUGGAGACUUGACACUUGGUGAAUUGUUGAAGUAUAAGUCUCAGGAAGGGGUUCGAGUUCUAUUGUUGAUAUGGGAUGAUAAGACCUCACAUGAUAAGUUCUUCAUUAAUAUGGCAGGAGUAAUGAAAACCCAUGACGAAGAGACCAAGAAGUUCUUCCGGCACUCAUCUGUCAUAUGUGUUUUAUCACCACGUUAUGCCAGCGGUAAACUCAGCUUUUUGAAACAACAGGUUAUUGGAAAUCUUUUUACGCACCAUCAGAAAUGUGUUCUUGUUGAUACACAAGCCUAUGGUAACAAUCGAAAAAUCACUGCAUUUUUAGGUGGUCUUGAUCUAUGUGAUGGCCGAUACGAUACACCUGAACACCGAUUAUUCCGUGGUCUUGAUAGUGUAUUUAAGGACGAUUUUCAUCAACCUACAUUCCCGGAAGGAGCCAAGGCCCCAAGACAGCCUUGGCAUGAUUUACACUGCAGAAUAGAUGGGCCUGCUGCAUAUGAUGUCCUUGUAAACUUUGCUCAACGUUGGAGAAAAACAACCAAGUGGAGAGAAUUUAGUUUACUUAAGAAAAAGAUGUCAAAUUGGAAUGAUGAUGCUAUGAUAAAAAUUGAUCGGAUAUCGUGGAUACUCAGUCCUGCCUUUUCCAUUGCAAAGGAUGGAACUUACACAUCAUCUCCAGAGGAUGAUCCUAAGCUUCAUGUGUCUAGGGAAGAGAACCCAGAAAAUUGGCAUGUGCAGAUAUUCCGGUCCAUUGAUUCAGGGUCAGUUAAAGGCUUUCCCAAAUUCUAUGAUGUUGCAAAGUCUCAGAACCUUGUCUACUCAAAAAAUCUGGUGAUAGACAAAAGCAUCCAAGUGGCAUACAUUCAGGCGAUAAGAUCUGCUCAGCAUUUUAUCUAUAUUGAAAAUCAGUACUUUCUUGGAUCAUCGUAUGCUUGGCCAGAAUAUAAAGAUGCAGGCGCUGAUCAUCUGAUCCCAAUGGAGUUAGCACUGAAAAUUGCUAGUAAAAUAAGAGCCAAGGAGAGGUUUGCAGUAUAUGUUGUUGUACCAAUGUGGCCUGAGGGCAACCCUAAAGAUAAUGUUAUCCAAGAAAUUCUUUUUUGGCAGGGCCAGACAAUGCAGAUGAUGUAUAAAGUGGUUGCACAGGAGCUCAAGUCUACGCAACUUGUGGACUCACACCCUCUUGACUAUUUGAAUUUCUAUUGCCUUGGGAACCGAGAAGAAAUUCCAGAUACGAUUGCUCAGUCCUCAGGAGAUGCUGAUAAGGUUUCAGACUCGCUAAAAUUCAAGCGGUUUAUGAUAUAUGUGCAUGCCAAAGGAAUGGUAGUGGAUGAUGAGUAUGUGAUAGUAGGAUCUGCCAAUAUAAAUCAAAGAUCUAUGGCUGGCACUAAAGACACGGAGAUAGCUAUGGGUGCAUAUCAGCCCCAUCGCACUUGGGCAAAGGAGCAGCAGCGUCCACGUGGCCAGGUUUACGGAUAUAGAAUGUCCCUAUGGGCUGAACACCUUGGGAUGGUUGAAAAGUGUUUCGAGGAGCCAGAGACAAUGGAGUGCGUAAAGAGAGUAAACGAGGUUGCUGAAGAUAAUUGGAAGAGGUACACGGCUGAGGAGUUCAGAACAUUGCAAGGCCAUCUUCUCAAGUAUCCCAUAGAAGUGGAUGACAAUGGUAAUGUAGGUCCAUUGCCUGGACAUGAGAAUUUCCCGGAUCUCGGGGGUAGAGUACUCGGGGCUCAUUCCCCUACCAUUCCCGACGUUUUAACAACAUGA